CUUCCCUUCUCCCCGUCCCCGCCGCCCCGGCGGAAGCGGGGACGCGCCGCGGCAUGGAGGCGGGCCGCUGCAGGCCGCCGCCUCGGUGCCCCCCGGGCGUGGAGGAGCGGCCGUUCCGCUCGGCCUCGGGGGCGCCCCUGGCGCUGCGGCGCCGCCAGCACAGCGCCUCCUGCCGGGAGCUGGCGCUGCGCCGGCCCCGCCUGCAGCUCCGCUCCCUCAGCGCCGUCACCUCCGCCGUCUGGCUGGCGGCCUACGGCGUCUUCGUGCUCAGCGAGAAUAGUAUGGUGCUUUCUGCUGCUAUAUUCAUCACGCUGAUUGGCCUGAUCAUCUACCUGCACUUUGUGAAAAUUGACCAGGAAUCCCUAUUGGUCAUUGGCUCACUUGGCAUUCAGGUGACUUCAUCCUAUGCUUCAGGGAAAGAGAGCACAACCUUCAUUGAGAUGAGUCGAGUGAAGGAUGUGGUUAUCAAUGAAGCCAUCCAUAUGCAAAAAGUUAUCUAUUACCUGUGCAUCCUCCUGAAGGACCCUCAGGAUCCUCAGGGAGUAUCUGAGGUUGUGCCACUCUUUCAGAGCUCCCAGCCACGUCUGGACUGCUUGAUGGAAGUGUACAAAAGUUGUCAAGAAAUCCUGGAUCAGAGGAAAGAAGCUCCACAAUCAAGUGGAAUAAAGUAAUAAGAAAUAAUCAAGGUGGAAAACUUGCUGCAGGUCUUGGACAGAUGCAUGCAAAGCAAGCAAUACUGACCCAUGGCUUUUUUAAAUCAGAGGUUAGAAUGUGGUGGAGCAGUAGAAUGACAUUGUAGGUAAUAGUCUGCACAGACUCACAGAGCUGUUAUAGAAGGUGCCAGCUCAGGCACACAAGUGAACCUUGAAAUUAGCUGCUGUGAAGAAAGGUGAGCAGAACUCUCUGGAAAAUAAAUAUGGCAAGGGGAGGCAAGAAUAUGCAUCAAACGUUUAAACUUCCUUGGAUCUGAGCAUUCCGAUAAACACAUGAUGUAACCUUGACCAGACUGACAAAAACGUGGGCUUUUUAUUUUUUUUUAAUCCUUUCUUUGAAAAAAAAGCAUAUACGAGUAUAGAAUAUCAAAACUGAAGGGUGGGCUAGCACAAUAACUUCCCAAUCAAUAGGGGAAUUUCAGAAAGAAAAUGACAGAAAAUUAAAAUACACUGUUGUGUUCAAUUAUGUUUAUGGAAAUAAACAUAGGAGAGCAUACUGUGGUUUCUUCAGGGAUCUGCUCGAAAGAGUCCCACGGGAUAGGACCCUAGAGAGAAGAGGGGAUCAAGAAAGCUGAUUGAUACUCAAGGAUCACCUCCUCCAAGCACAGGAAUAGUCCAUUCCAUCCCAACAAGCAGGAAGUCAAGCAAAAAUGCCAGGAGGCCUGCAUGGAUGAACAACUGCAGGAAGGCCUUCUAUAAGUACAUGAGUAACAAAAAGAAAACAAGGAAAUGUGGGCCCACUGCUGAAUGGCACAGUCAAUGGGGUGCUGCAUCCACUGCUGGGCCCCCAGUAUAUGGACAUACUGGAGAGAGAUGAGGAAAGGCUAUGAUUGUUAUGGGCUGGAGUGUGUGAGGAAAGGCUGCGAGAGCUGGGGCUGUUCAGCCUGGAAAAGGCUCAGGGAGGGAAUCCUAUCAGGGUAUAUGAAUGUAUGUGCCUGAAGGGAGGGUGUAAAGAAGAUGGAGCCAGGCUUUUUUCAAUGGUGCUCUCUGACGGAACAAGAGGCAAUGGGAACAAACUGAAACACAGGAGGUUCUGUCUGAGUAUCAGGAACUUUUUUAUCGCGCUCAUGGCUGAGCCCUGACACAGACUGCCCGGAGAGGUGCUAGAGUCCCUUGGAGACCUCCAAAAGUCACCUGGAUGUGGGCCUGGGCACCCUGCUUUGGGUGGCCCUGCCUGAGCAGGGCUUGGACCAGGUGGGCUCCAGGAGCCCUGCCAGCCUCAGACAACAGGGUAUCAAUUGCUUUGAGAUGAUGAGGAAAAUAUGUUGUUGGAAAUUAUAAUAAUGACUGUGUGAAUAAAGUAGCUUCACCGAAACUAA